AGAAGAAACGUGUCUGUCCCACUAGACCUCUGCAAGGUGUCUGAACCACCGCUGUCGAGCCAAGACAUCCCCUGCCAAGCCCUGGAUUAAUUUCUCCCACCUUUUAGCAGCCCCUUUUCUCAACCAUGGCGACGAGUGCGAAGCGAAAACAAGAAGAGGCGCAUCUUAAGAUGCUCCGGGAAAUGACUAGCCAGCCCCCGAAUAGGAAGUGCUUUGAUUGCGACCAGCGCGGCCCGACUUAUGCCAACAUGACAGUGGGUUCCUUCGUCUGUACCACCUGUUCUGGCAUCCUACGAGGCCUGAAUCCCCCCCACAGAGUGAAGUCCAUCUCUAUGACCACCUUCACACUACAGGAAAUUGAAUUCUUACAGAAACACACCAAUGAGGUUUGUAAACACAUCUGGUUGGGGCUGUACGAUGACAAGACAUUGGUUGUUCCAGACUUCCGUGAACCACAGAAAGUAAAAGAAUUCCUCCAGGAAAAAUAUGAGAAGAAAAGAUGGUACGUCCCUCCAGACCAGGCGAGGACGGUAGCCAUGGCCCAGGCCUCCAAGUCGGGCUCCUCAGCCAGCAGCACAGCCAGCACCCCGGAGGUCCAGCCCCUGAAAACCCUGCAGCUCAACAAGACCCCCCCAACACGUCAGUCCCCGAUGGUGGUUCUUUCCCUGGCCCAUCCCAUAGUUCAGGAAAAGAAGUUUGACCUCCUUACAGACCUGGGUGGAGACAUCUUUGCCGCUCUGCCCUCUCAGGCUGCCAGCAACGCCAAUUUUGCCAACUUUGCGAAUUUCCCCAGCCAAUCAGUGACUAAGGUUAACUCAAAAGCUGACUUUGCCAACUUUGAGAUGUUUGGCAACUCUGGAGUACCUCCGCAUUUCAGGACCUCACCCCCCUCUCAGUCGUUUGCGCCAGGGCGAGGUGUCCCCGUGCCGUCAGCGGCUGGUGCUGUACCAGCCCAGUCCCAGCUGGGCACCUCGGCAGAGGACCGCUACGCUGCCCUGGCUGAGCUAGACAACGAGCUGAGCUCCUUUGCCCCCACAGGGAGUAGUGUCCAGGGUGAAUCUAGGAAUUUGUUUGGAGCUGUGUUAGGAACCUCGCCUGCCCAGACUCAGCCAGUCUUACCCAACAUGCAGCAAGGCUUUGGAGCCGUCUCGUCCAAUAACCCAUUUGUUGCUGCUGCUGCCCCGGAUAUGGCCACCAACCCCUUCCAGACCAAUGGUAUAGCACCGGCCGCAGCCUCGUUUGGCACAGGCUCUAUGAGUAUGCCUGCUGGCUUUGGGAAUGCCUCUUCUUACUGCCUCCCGACCAGUUUUAGUGGGACCUUCCAGCAGCCCUUCCCUGGCCAGGCCCCCUGCCCUUACCCCCAGCCGGGGGCCUACCAACCCCAACAACCUAAUGGCCCUGGUGGAUAUACAGUCUAUGGACAGACCAAGCCCUCCAUGACCCCCUUUGGGCAGCUCAUGGCUGGUCCUGGGAUGACCAAUAACCCAUUUAUGGCGGGAGCCCCGGCCGGAUCCUACCCCUCUGGAAGCUCCAACACCAACCCCUUCCUGUAGCGCGCCUCCCUCCCUGUCAUCACCACCAGAGGGCAGCAUACAGCACCUAUUCAAUGUACCGGCUCAGUCACACCUUGUGACUUGACAGUACAUUUCUGAAACUCUGAAAUCAAGAUUUUCUUAACUAUGUUUACGACACUAUGAAGGACUAUGGGACCGGGGACUGCCCUCGAACGAUGCCCUGGGACUUAUACGGUCUCUAUACAUAUUUUGUAGUUUAUUAUGUUUGACAGUAUUAUUGUGCAUGUCGGCAUUUGUAUUCACGUUUAAAAUAAAUGUUAUGUAUAAUUAGGA